GGAGUCUGGAAGUGGUUGUUUCCGACGUGGCAGUACUAAUGCCAGUAAUGGCAGACCCAGCUCGAGUAGGGUUUCAAGCAGCAAAUUGAAGUUAAUUCAAGGGGGCAAGGGGGUGGCAAAGUCCGCAACCGAAUGCCACCACUCCAAGCAGCAAUGGUUUUCAGGGGUUUGGUGAAGAUCGUUUCCAGAUUAGAUAUCCAGCCGUCCCGUAAGAGUUGAUUCCCGCUGAGAAAGGUGUGCCAUCCUGCACUUGCAAUAAACCACAAGUUAGAGCUUGGGUUGUUGGUGGCCGUGGGGCUGUGAAGUCGUUGGUAAGCUGAGACUUGGUUGCUCAAACAAGAGGGUAAAGGACGAGAAAGCAGGGUUUUUACCAGGUCGAAAAGACGGAACCCGUGGAUGAGCUCCUAACACUCGGCACGCCGCACUUUCAUUAUGGAUUCAAAGCUCAGCCAUCAAGAAAAAACACCGUCAGCUAGUUUAUGGGGGGCACUGUUUGGGAAGUGUUGGGGCCGGGGGGGUGCAAGCAUGGAGGAUGCAGAGGGAGAGCUGAACCCCCAGAGACAGAGGCAGCGGCUCACGCGAAGGCUCUCGAUGCUUUCAAAGUUUGCAGAAGGAAGUGGGAUGGGGGGGAGUGCCGCGACAGCUGUCACGCAGCUGCAUCUCAGUUUCGAGCGACCCGCCCCGAGUGCCCACCUGAGAAACAUCCCCACCCUGUCCUCUGAGGAGAUCGCUCUCAUCCAAACCAGCUGGGCUAGGGUCGUGGAAGUGCAUGGGAUUGGCGCCAUCUCGCUGUUCUAUGUGAACUUAUUUGCACUGGCGCCCCAUCUGGAAGGACUGUUCAAGAGGACCAAGGGUAUUCAAGAGGCAAUGUUCCAGGACAUGAUGGUCACCCUAAUCGAUAAGCUGCACGAUUGGGAGUGGGUCGUGCACACGCUCGAGGCGUCGGCCAUUCGGCACCUGCGCUACGGCGUAUCCGCGUCCAUGUUUUCUCCUGUCGGCGAGGCGCUCCUCAAAACAUUGGACAUGGGUUUGGGGGACUACUGGACUCCCGCAACAAAGGCUUCCUGGGUGAAGAUGUGGACGGCAAUCGUUGCCGUCAUGUCGGCGCACUUGAGGGCCGACGGCCUGACCCGUGCUGUCGCGAACAACAGUUUCGCUCUAGUUACGGCCGAGCUCGAACGCGCGCCUCGGGGGGAACGGGUCCGGUGGAUGCUAACCAAACUGCCCAGCGGGCUGACCCCCCUGCUCAUGGCAAUCCGCGACAAGAAGGUUCGCAUCGUGAAGUACAUGCUUUCGGAUAUUCUGGCCAUCCGCGCCGACCGUACUGGGUACUACUACGGCCGCGCUGAGCUGUGGGCCGCACACCCGACGAUCGUCGGCGAGAUUGUCGAGAACGUCCCGACGGCGGUGAAGGAGUUGCUGGACGGCUGCUACUGGCAGAGCGGCCACUCCUCGGGGGGCCUGAGACGGGCAAACUUCUACAUCAAAGGCCUUUACGGCGACCCGGACCAGCCCGUGCGAGCCUCUCCGUUGGCUCAGAUGCUCAACCUGCGGGGCAACUCGGCGUUCGAGCACCCCGUGACUGGGAUUAUCAUCUUCCAGAAGUGGAACAUGUUCGGGCGGUCCGCCUUUCUCCGGAGCAUGAUGCUGGGUUGCGUCGCAUUCCUGUUCCUCAUUAUGGGGUACAUCGCGUUGCCUCGCCAGUUAGAGGGCCUCCCCUUCCGGGCCCUCUUCUGGGCAUACGUGAUCUCCGAUAUGAUCUCAGAGAUCCGGCGCUCUAUAGCGGUCGGGUGCAUCAAGGCCACCCUUAUGGGCGUGACCGUGCUUCUGCCCGUGCACUUCCUAUCGGUUAUGCAAUUCGUAAAGCUUAUCAUGACCUCGCUCGUGUUGGUCUCCAUCGGGUUCGAGCACACGUGGAACAAGGGGGAUGGGGUCACGGAGAGCAUCUUGAUAGCCACCGCCACCAUAGCGUAUUGCUUCCAGAUGCUCCAUUAUUACCUGGCGUCCAACGAGCUAUCCUCCUUCGUCUUCACUCUGAGCCGGAUGCUAUACGACCUCGUCAAGUUCCUGGCCGUCUUUCUGCUCAUAUGGAUCGGCUUCGCUCUCGCCUUCUACAUCCUCUUGCGAACCCAACCCAAAGCGGACGGAUCCACCGUCGACUUUACGGACGUCCACUGGUCAUUCACCACUUUCUUCAUCAUGCUUUUCGGCUAUGCGGAGUUUGAGUUUCGGCAGAUCGAGGACCGGCGUCUACAGGGCGUGGCGAUCGUGCUGUGGUUCAUCUACCUGAUGCUCGCAAACCUGCUUCUUCUGAACCUUCUGAUCGCCCAGUUCUCGACCACUUAUGAGGCGGUCUACAAGGCCAGCUAUGCCGUUGCGCUGAGGAAGCUGUGCAACGAGCUUUUGGCGAUUGAGGGGACUCUCUCAGUUGAGGAACGGCGGAAGCACUACAACAGGCUGAAGUUUGACGAGCCGCUGGAGUUUGACGAGUUCGACAUGGGCCCGCCGGGGGGCAUCCAGCUGCUCCAAGAUGUGGACCCCUCCGCCGACGACACUGACGACUCGGACCGCAUCGAGCGAUACCCCGGGAAAGCGAGCCCCGACUUGCCUUGGCCCCCGAGAGACUACGACGAUGACUCGGUUGCGACCAACCGGGCAAACACGCAUAACCCACCCGAAACGAGCAACGAACGUGGGCGCCCACAAGAAGAAAGAAACGUGGGCUCUGAUGAUAAGCGGUCCCCGAUCCGGUUCUGGGACAACAAUGGGCAGGCAGACCGGUUCCGGUCGGUUGUCGACGUGGCAGAGGGGUCGGCGCUUACCGACGCCGAGGCGUUUUACCGGGCGGGCGUGCUUCGUGCGAGGGGGGCAAAGGGCGGUGUCUCGCCGCAGAGGCGCGAGGCAAGUGUCGCCGUUGUGACCGCUUCGGAGCUAGCAAAGCACACCGGUCCUGCAUCAAAGUGGCUGGCUAUUGACGGAAAGGUUUACGACGUCACGCGUUUUGUAGACAGUCACCCCGGUGGUCCAAUCAUCACCUCAGCUCUGGGGCGGGACGCCACACGAGAGUUCGACGAAUUUGGCCACAGCGCUUACGCCCGGAGUCUCCUAGAGCCUCUCAAGGUCGGACAACUUCUGGUCGAGUGAGAUAGUCGCGUAACAUGGAUGUUACGUUUAUUGGUCCUACUAAUUGGAAACAUAGUGGACCCGUUUGACAAUUUUGACUUGGUGAGGGGGCCAUUCAGUCCGCGGCCGCACGCAACCGCUAGACCGUACAAAACCGUCAAAUGUCGCGGGUCACUGCUCCAUUUCAGUGCUAGCCCAGUCUGACUGUUUUUUCUUAGUGAGGGCGCCAGCCAGCUUGCACCCGCAGCAGCUAGACAAUACCGUCCCAAGUCAGUUUUUCCUCCAUCAAGGUCAAGGUGCAAAAGCAUACCAUAUUGCAUACCAUAUUGCAUACCAUAUUGCAUGGGCUUGGGAGCCCGCACAAACAAGUCAAAAUUAGAUUUGCCGCAAAUGGGUCACUUUCGGCGUCUACCAAAAUAGGUUUGAUCUGUCAGCUUACGAGCUAGUGACCGAACAUCCAUCUUGAUCACGGUACAUUUCAGGAUACAGUCAAAG